GUGCUGGCCUGGACCGACCGCGGUUCCUGCGCAGGCCGCGCGUCCCCCGCGCUGUCCCCACAGCGGGAGGGCAGCGCUGAGGGGCGAGGUGGGAAUAAUAACCGGGAUAAGGUGGGAAUAAAGGCGGGAUGAAGUGGGAAUAAAGGCGGGAUGAAGUGGGAAUAAAGGCGGGAUGAGGUGGUUUUCAUAUCCUCAGGGCUUUGGGGAGGGGGAGUUGCGUGCCCGGGGUAGGCCCGAGGCUUUUCCUUCAGGUUUGUCGUCCCUUCUAAACUUGCGAUCCCAAAGUAGAUGCUUUAUAAAUCUCGUUUUCAGGUAAAACCUCGUUCCUUCCCGUUGUAGCAACGCGUCUGAGGGGCAUUUCUAAUGUAGUCACUUAAUUAUUGCUCAUUCCCUAAAGGAACUUCAGGAGCUGAGUAAUUCUGGAUGCAGCCGGGCUGAAUCCCUCCCCUAGGUUUUAAAACAACGCGAUUCGGUGAAUUUUUUUUUUUUUUCGUUUUUUCUUGUUUUUUUAAGGUUGGAGCUGAGAGGUUUCUGCUUUCUGACGUCGAUUUUUGUUACGGAAACACCAAAAGGAGUAUUUUGUUGUUGUUGUUGUUGUUGCAGGGAUUAGAGUCUCCAGGUUAUUCCCAGAAUUGCACUCAGGAUCACACUUAAAACCCGGCUUUAUUUGGUUAUUAAUAUAAAAACAAAUAAAAGGAGAUUUUCCUGGGGAAUAAAGGGUUUUGGGGUUGAAUUUUGGCCUGCCUGAAGCUGAGCAGGUUGGCUGGAAGUGGUGCUGGAUUUGUCCAGGAGUUUUCCAGGGAAAACUUCCUGGGGUUGUCACUUCCUGGGUCCAAUGACACUUUUCAAGGUGAAAUCUAGGGAAAAUCGAAUUUUGUUGUUAUUGUUUUUUUUUUUUUUUUUUUAAAUUUAAUAAUACAUUUCUGAAUCUUUUUGGGAUUUAACAAAACAUUCCCAUGAAGGGGAGGAAUUGCCACAGGAAAUCGCUGCCAGGCCCUGGGGUUGAGCUCAGAAAAGGGGGGGAAAAAAAAAAAAAACAACUUUAUAUUUUUAAUUCUUGUUUUAUUCAAGAGUGGAUGAAGCAACUCCCCUCGGUUUGGGAUUGAUACCUGAGGAGGGGAAAAAAAAAAAAAAAAGCUUUAAAAACAGCUAAAAUGGGGGUUAAAAUGUGGAAUUCCUGGUGCUCUUCCUUCUUUGUCACCUGAUAAACAGGAGGUGAAUCAUCAAAUGUCGUCAGGAAUUCAAGGCACAAAUGAAGCAGCACGAGAGGCUUUCCCAGGGAAAUUAGGGAGCUUUAAAUCCAAGAAUUCCUCACAGGGAGGUGCAGGAAAACUCUCUGGUAUUUAGAUUUGUUUUCCCUUGACAAAUAAGUUUGUGGGGGUUUUUUUUUGGCCUGGUUUUUGCUGACCCUCAGCUGUUGCAUUUCUUGGUUUAUUUGAUUUUUUUUUUAACAAAUAAUUGGUUUUAAAAUACUGCAAAAAUUGUAAUGGAAUUCUGGACCCCCCCCAAAAAAAAAAAAGUGUUCAAAAUUCUCAUUAACUUUAAUUAAUUUGUGACCACCUGAGUGCACCAGAGUUACUGAUUUUUUUAUUCAGAUUUUUCUUUAUUUCCAUCUUGACACUAAUUUAAAAUUAGAGAAAAAAAAAAAGGUUUUUAAUGAAUCUUUUUUAUCAUUAAAUCAGAACUUUCAGGGGUUUUUUUGGGUGGUUGUUGAUUGAUUUUUUUCUGUUGUUGUUGUUUCUUUUCAAGGUUUUAUUCCCACUCUUUGAACAAGGUUUAGACUCUGAACUGGAAUAUGGAAAGAUGCUGAUCUGGUUUAUCAAGGAAUUAAAUCUAAAGGGAUUUUCUUCCUCCCAGGGGUGGUGGAUAUAGAAAUAUUGCAUUUUUAGGUGUGGCUGACUGCCUGAGGAAAGGAAAUUCCAGCUGGGAAUGACCCCAAUUCCCAGGGAUUUCAGUGCUGCCUUGAGCCAAAAGAAGAAUUCAGGCUUGAAAUUUAAUUUUUUUUUUUCUCCCAAGAACAUUAGGGAAAACACCUGGAAAAACGUUGAACUUCCACAAGAAGGAGCUCUAGGUAUUUUUAGGAAUAGAUUCCCAGGAAUCUCCAUGACCCAAAAUCUGAUUUUUGUGGAUUUAACCCCGUGGAGAUGGAAGAAUGGGAGGGAACUCUGCACUCGAGUCCUGUUUUAUUCCCUUUGUCGAGCAGUCAAAAAGAAAAAGAAAAAAAUAUUAAUAUGAGAACCCAGCUUUUCCUCUCUUUAUUUUAGAUUUGGGAAAACUCCCUGGCCAAAAAAAAAAAAAAAAAAAAAAAAAAAAAUUCCUGGAAAAAUUCCCUAGUGUUGGUGUGAGUAAAAGGUUCCAAUUGUUUCUUCUUAACCUGAAAAGAACAAUUUAAUUCAUUUUUGUCCUCCCCAAGGAGUCAGAAAUCGUUUGCACAGAAAUAUCAGAAGGGUAAAAAUGACUUUUAUUUGGGAUUUUUAGCUGGUUUGGUUGCUUGCUGCGUGGAAAAAACCCUAAAAAUGUGAUUUUUUUUUUAAUAAGAAUAUCCAAAAGAAAAAAAAGUCAAUUUUUGGUGGCCCCAAACCCCCCAAUCAGCUGCUGAAUUGGAUUCAAGGAGAGGGGAACUGCAUGGCUGGCAAGAUCAAAAUCUGUGCUGCACGUUGCCAGGGCCACUCCUGAGCAGCAGCGGGCUCCGAGGCGCCGGCGGUUCCUGGCCAGGCUGCAGCAGAGCCAGGGGUCCCGCAGCAUGUCCGGCCAGGGGGACGACUGCUACUUCUACUUCUACUCCACCUGCACCAAGGGAGACUCCUGCUCCUUCCGCCACUGCGAGGCCGCCCUGGGCAGUGAAACUGUCUGCACCCUGUGGCAGGAGGGUCGGUGCUUCAGGAAUGUCUGCAGGUUCAGGCACAUGGAAAUAGAUAAAAAGCGGAGUGAGAUCGCCUGUUACUGGGAGAACCAGCCUGGAGGCUGCCAGAAGCACAACUGUGCUUUCCACCACACCAAGGGACGUUACGUGGAUGGGCUCUUCCUUCCCCCGAGCAAAACCACUCUCCCAAGCCCCCCCGAGGCUGCUGAGGACGAGGUGAAAAUGGUGCAGCUGCAGCAGAACAAACUCUCUGUUCAAUCCAACCCCUCCCCGCAGCUCCGGGGGGUGAUGAAAGUGGAAAACUCUGAAAAUGUUCCCAGCCCCACCCAUCCCCCUGUGGUCAUCAACGCUGCAGAUGAUGAUGAAGAUGAUGAUGAUCAGCUUUCUGAAGAAGGAGAAGAAACCAAAACUCCAAUGCAGCCACCAACCACAGAAAACCACAAUGGGCUGAGGGUGAUUUCCACCAGAAAAUCCAAUUCCAGUGCAAAACAAGAUGACAACUUAAAUUUUGGGAUAAAAACCUUGGAAGAGAUCAAAUUGAAGAAACUCAAAGAAAAAGCCAAAAAACAAGGUGAAGGUCCUUCAGGAGUGGCUGUGGAUCCUCUCCAAGCUCGUAGCAUUCCCGUGCCAGAAAAGGAAAACGUCAGGACCGUGCUCAGAACUGUGACCCUCUCCUCCAAGGAAGGGGAGGACCCUGUGAUCCAGCUGAAUCUUCCUGACAGACUGGGAAAAAGGAAAACUGUCACAGGUGGGAAAACUUUCCUUCCGUUGAGGAGGAGCGUUGGGGACAGGCUGGGGAGGAAGGCAGAGCUGCAGGAGAACUCUGACAAGGCCCCGAGGAGAGGCCCAGUUCAAGUCCUGAAGUCCCUGAAGGAGAGGCUGGGGCUGCCCUCUGAGCAGAGCAGCACUGAGACAGACAAAGCUGCCAAACCCAUCGAGGAGAUCAGAGUGAAAACCCUGGAGGAAAUCCGACUGGAAAGAGCCAACCAGAGACGAGGAGAACCCCCAGCCAAAAUCCCAGGAGAAAGCAGGAAAAGCGAAGAUCCCAAUUCUGGAGCAAAACCCUCCCUAACCACUCGUACGAAAUCCCUGACGGGAGCCCUGGCAGAGAAAAACCACAAAAGGCUGGGGGAGGAGAAGGAAAAACCCGAAGAAUUGCCCAGCAGGGCCAAAGCUGAGAGCGAGCCCAGAAAACAGAACCUUCCCACUCCAGGUGUGCCAGGGAGGGCAGAGGCAGCACGAGCCAGAGGGGCCGGAGAAGUUCGGAUCAAAACCUUGGAGGAGAUCAAGAGGGAGAAGGCUCUGAGGAUGCAGCAGAGUGGGGAGAACGUUCCUGCUGCUCCUGCCCAGCCCGAGGCAGCCCUGAGGGGCAGGAGACUGCUCCGGGUCACCCGGCUGCUGGCACCUGGAAGAGAUGAAAAAAUGAUUGUGGAGUUGAACAAACCUUCCCCCAAAGGGAGCUCUGCACCUGCUGAGAAUUCAGGAAAUUCAGGAAUUCAGGUGAAAAGCCUGGAGGAAAUCAUGUGGGAGAAACGUCAACUGAAACAACUCCAAGAGGAAAAAAUCCCAAAAGGAUCUGGGACAAUUCCAGCUGAAAACCAGGAUAAAAACCAGGAUAAAAACCAGGAUAAAAACCCAGAACCUGCUGUGGGAUCAGCUCAUCAGCUGGGCAGGAGGAAAUUCCAGCUGGGAAAAUUCCAGGAGGAUGGAAUGGGAAAGGCAGAGAAGGAUGCAGGGAAAAAGGGAGCUCAGGUACCUGAGAGGAGAGGAAGAGGCAAACCCAAGGUGUGCCUGAAGCCCGUGGAUGGAAAAGCUCCUCCCAAGCAGCCCCUGAAGAGGAAAGGUCCUGAGGGCCACCCCCCCCCAGCUGUGGUGGCAGUGAAGCCACUCAGUGCCACCCCUGGGGACAGCCAGGAGCCCUCAGCCAAGGUUGUUCCCCUUUGUUCAGAGGCCAAGCCAGGUUCCAAGGCUGGGAGGGAGAAGAAUUCCCAAAACAGCCCGGAGCUGCAGCCUGGGAGCCAGGGCAAUUCCUUGGCACAGCCGGAGGUGUUGGGAUCUUCCUCCUCCUCCUCCUCCUCCUCCUCCUCCUCGCUGGAGGUCCCGGUGAAGCUGCGGCGCCUGAGCUCCACCGGCAGCACCAAACCCUCCCUGUCCGUGGAGGACGACUUUGAAAAACUCAUCUGGGAGAUCUCCGGGGGAAAACUGGAAGCAGAAAUCGAUCUGGAUCCAGGGAAAGAUGAAGAUGAUCUCCUGCUGGAACUCUCGGAGAUGAUUGAUAGCUGAGAGGGGGAGGAUUUUAUCAACGACAACAACAAAACAAACAAACAAAAAAAAAAAGACACGACACCAAAAAAGAAAAAAAAAAAAGUAAAAAACCACCAAUUUCCUCUCCCACCCCCACACAGAUCCUGUAAAUGUUGUUGGGUCCGUGGAGGAGAGCCUUGGCCCAGCUGGAGCACAGUUGGAUUGUUAGGAAUGGGCAGAGUCUGCGCUCAGUUAUCCCGAAAUUCCAAAAUUCCGGGCUGAGUUGAUCCAGGCGGCUCCUCCCACACGGGACAGGACAAAGCACUUGGAAUUCCCUCGGGGGAGGGACACGGAUCCCAUCUCCAGAGCCAUCCCAGCUCCCUCCUGGACAGCGAAUCCCAACAAUCCUGGAGUUACUGUGUCAACUCUGGAAUUCACGGAUGGACUCGCAAUUGCGGGAAUUCGGGAAAUCCGGGAAGGGGAAGCAGGGUUUUGGGGCAGGAUUUUGGGAUUUUGGACCAAGCACUGCCAAGGUGGGAGCCUGACUCACAGUGAUCCAGGGGGAUUUUUUUUUUUUUUUUUUCCCCUGAUGGCAACGGGAUCCUGGCAGCCAAAAUUGCUGCUGGCUGCCUGCAGGAAUUUGGGAAAAGGAGGAUUGCUUCAAGUGCCUCUCGCUCCUGAGGAUCCCUCCCUGCUGAAGGACUGGAAUGACGCCCUCACAUCCAGCUGGGAUCAUUUUGGGAUGGUAAAAGCACCAAACAAAAGGAAUGUUCCUCCUUGGCUGCUUCCCUCUUUUCCAGCCCCUUGGAGAUGGGAUUGGGUGGAAUCCCCGUGGGUUGUUUUUUUUUUUUAUUUUUAUUUUUUUUUUUUUUGGGUGGGGGGGGAUUUAUUUUUUUUCUGUAAAUAUUUUAUUCUUCCAUUUUAUAUUUGUAUGAUUCUAUUUAAGGGAUUAAAGGUAGGCUGCUCA